GUUGAAAUUAAACUUUUGUUUUGUUACCGUGAUGUUAUUUUGUUAAAAAUGUAUGACAGACAAAAGCGAAUUUUCACGUUUCAGGAGAAGACGGCAACUGAUGAAAAUUUGGGUCCAGGAUCAUAUUAUAUUCAGGCUUCACUAACACCUGUGUGCGAUGUUGGAUAUGCUCCGUUCGAGUCACUGACGGAAAGAAAAUUAAAUUUCAGCUUUUUAGGUGUUGAGGCAUUCCCUUCACCAGCAGAUUACUUUCCAAAACUACCUUCUGAAAAAGUCAAGGGAUGUAGUUCCAUUGCAAAUAAGGCUAAGCGGUUUCCAUCGUUUUACUCAGAUGGACCAGGACCUGAAACAUAUAAUAUAGCAUCAAAAUGGGCGGGCAGAAAACCGAAUUCACAUAGCCCUCUGCUUUCGGAAAAGGUUAAAAAUCAGCUAGCCGGUGAACAACAAGACAGGAGAAAACGGUUAAAUUCUUAUGAGGUAAUCCCUGAUGUUCGAUUUCGAGAUGUACCGAGCAUACCUUCUGGUGACUUUGUGCAUGGUUACGAAGAGGGUCUAGAUGGUCGACUCCACCCCCAAUCUGGACCAAAAAGGGAUGUAACACUUGGCCCAGCGUUUUAUGGGCCUAUCAAAGACCCUGUUUUUACGCGGUAUAAAGGUUGUGGUUGGUCAAAGAGUACUUCAGGACGUCAUCUACUACACAGAGCUUCAAAUUCAGUUGGUCCAGGACAAUAUGAUCCUUAUAAUGAUCCUUGGUUAAAACUUAUUGAAACUGCUAGAGAAAGAAGUAACAUUGAGGCUGAACAUCCUUUGGCAGUCCCAAGAUUCAUGGAUAAAGUUGUUCAUGAAUUGCACAAACAAAACUUCCCUAGUCCCUGUUCAUACAACACAAAUGACAAGCAAAUAUCUAAGGCUACUGUGGUGCAAGCGCCUUUUAAUACUGAAGAGCAAAGAUUCAAAGAGAAAGUUAUUGAUACACCGGGACCAAACACAUAUGACCCAAAAAGUGGUGCGAUUUCAAGAAGGUGGUUAAGGCGUUUUCAACCUAAACCUUUUGAUUCUACGUCUGAAAGGUUCACUACCCAAAGUGACGUAAGACCAGCCCCAAAUAGUUAUAAUAUUGAUGAUGGAUUGACAUAUCGCCUAGAUUUUUCACAACUUGGAAAAUGUGUGGGAUUCGGCUCAACAGCUAAACGUAUGAAUGAUAAGUUAGUUUUCGGUGGAAAAUUUGGCGGUGGAUUAAGUGACAUUCCUGGCCCUGGACAGUAUAAUCCACAAAAAUGUGAUGGAAAAUAUACUUCGAAAGCUGUUGGAAUUCCAAAGGCAAAAAGGGAGAUAUCGAUGCCUCAAUCGUCAGUACCCCCACCCGGCACAUAUGAUUUUGGAAAAUCUUUUGAUGUGACACAAUGCAAACGUAUUCCCGCUGUACCUCGUACUAUAGAAGGUAGGCAAAGAAGAAAUUGCUUCUCAAAUACUGCAGAAAGAUUCGGUAAACAUUCUGCGUUGGGUCCAAAAAACCCUGAUGUGCCAGGCAAGCGAUAUUUUUUGAAGAUCUGUUCAAAGUUAAUAUCAAAUAUGCUGUUGUAUAUGAUACAGUAUAUAUGAUAUUUUCCAUAAACUGUAAACUGGCUAGUCAGUGGUAUUUAAAAAAAAGACAAGCAUAUUCGAAAUGAAAUGUCUCUUAUGUAAAUAUUACAUGACCAUUAUAGUGUCAACAAAACUAAUUCCCUAAAACAUGGUAUUUUAUUAACAGUUUGUUCAGCAGUUAUAACUUGAAAUCCAUAUACUAUGUUUUCCAACCUUUGUAUACACAAUUUAGACCAGUUAUUUUGUAAAAAAAAAGCAAUCAUGUUCUCAUAUUGCUAUUUUUCAGCAGUAAAUGUGUUGAAGUCAGGAAAAAUAUUGGAUGACCAAAACUAGCAUUUAUAAUGCAUAUGACUACCGAAGAAAAGUAAAUAAAUAUUAUCUCUAUGGAAUAGUUACAACAGACCCUAAUGAGUGCAUCGUCUAACUUUUGAAAGAGUAUAAAGUAGGACAGAAUGACAUUAUAUUUAAAUACAAAUAAAACCUUUUGGCGUUAAUUACAAACUGUUGUAUCAGUCUUGAAGUUCUGAUUUUCACAAGCAACAAUGUCUACUAGCACAACAUAAUUUAUUAGUUCUGUAAAACUAAAGAGCACCAUGGAAUUCUCUGUUAGAUGAUUUAUUUUGUUAAAUUCCGUAUGUAUUUCAACCAAGCUCUAAUUCUAUUUUGUUUUAUAUUUAAUUCACAAAUCCAAAUCCAUUUGUCUGUAUAGUGAAGUUUAAUUUGUGACCUCUCAGUAAUUCCUUCUUUUUGUUAUAUAUUCCAAAAUUUCAUUUUGCAGACGUAGGUGCAUACCAUUAGCACAGAUCAGAUUAGGUUUGCUUAUUAUUUUUCUAAAUCAUUUUAUACUAUGAUCGUAUUUCGUAGUAGAGUUUUCCA